AUUACCAUAGGGUAUUCCGAAAGGGAGUACUUUAUCCCGCAACGGGAAAGGACGUCACGCCGGGUGGCUUUAUAAGCCACGAUAAUUCAACUGCUUAACUGCGUCUGAGGUGUCCGAGAACAUGGCUACAAACGAAUCCAGCAAAUCCGAAAAACCUAUUUCAACUCUAUGGGGUUGUGAACUAAACGAGAAAAACAAGACCGGCACCUUUAGGACGGAUGACACGGAGCUCCAGCAUCAGCUUUCGCUGAGAACCAUGUGCUUAGGUGCCGACGCUAAAAACGAAGAGCUCAAUGUAGUCGAGCUGGUUAUACAACAAGGGCAGGAUGAGAUCAAGGCUUUUCCCAUGGCGACGUUGCGGGCGCCCGGCUUGCCCACGGUAAACCUUUGUGGCAUAGAACUGCACCCGCCAAUAACGUUCAGACUGAAAAAUGGCUCAGGACCCGUUUAUAUAUGCGGGGAACACGUCGCAUUGGAAGACUACUCUGAUGAGGAGCUUGAGGAGGCUGGUGAAGAAAUGAGUGAGGAGGAAGAGGAGGAAGAGAUUGAGGAAUCUCCCCCUAAGCCAGCAAAGAAGCCUGCGACAAAGAGAGAAGCCUCCGGAAAGAGAAAGAAGCCAGAAGAAGCAGAUGAUGGUGAAGGCUCUGAUGAUGAGAAUAACCCCCCCAAAAAGGGCAAGGGAAGAGGACGCAAGCAAGAGGCCAAGAAAGUCUGAGGUCAUAAAACAGAACUGCUUCUUGAAAAUGAGACAGAGCUUCUACCUGCCAGAAUAAAUGAGGGAAGAUGUGCACUGGGCGUUGUAGAUGGACUGACUUCAUCUGUUAUGCCAUUUUGUCACUUGUAAAUAAAGAUGCUUCAUUUCAGUUC